AUAUGGAACGACAUCUUCUACCAUUUUGCAAGCUACAAGCGUAUUAUACAAGGAAGAUGUUGAUCCAGAUGAUCCGAAGGAUUGGCUUCACAGAAAUGAUACCUACCAAAGACAAUGUAGGAAGAGGAAAGCAGUGAGCAUUGAACGUGACCAACACUCACCCAUGCUAGAUGGAGUUACAGCAUACGAAAGUAUACCUGUCCAAGAUGUUCAUCAGGACAUUCCGAGUUUCGAUUACAUUGAAUUCGAUAGUAGAAUAUUCGAGCCUGCACUAAACAAUUUAGACGACGAAAGUAAUGUCAAACUGACGCAGACAUGUGACGUCGUGGAUAGUGAUGAUGAGGAAUUUCAAAAUAAAGACAAUGGUUACGAGUCAUAUCGCGUGGAUAUCAAGGGUGUUAAUUCUGUUGAUGUUGAAGAUCCAUACGAUUAUGUUUAUCAUAACCUGCCAGAGAAACAUCAUGUGUUAAAAAAAAGGCUGAUUGCAAGUACUGUGGGGCGAUUAGGUUUCAGUACGAGCCCCCUGGAUUCUGCUGCAGGCAAGGGAAGAUAACCGUAGCCACUCCAUUGGUUCCCCCUAAGUUGGUACGCCUGUUUACAAGCCAGGUUGAUAAUGAUGCGAAAUACUUUAGAAAACAUAUCCGUUACUUCAACUCUCAUUUCUCAUUCACAAGUCUUGGAGUGACCCUUGACCGCAGCGUGAGCACUGCUGCAGG